AUGUCAUCAAGGUUGAUAAUUGGAGGUGCCGCUGCGGCAGCGGCAGCUUACGUGAUUUAUGAGUACCAGCAGCAGAACGAGAGACAGAAACAGGCGUUACAUCCGGCGGGGUCGGUCCGCCCAACUACUACACUGCAGGAGCAGCCGCAGGUGGUGAGAGAUCUGCAGCAAACCAGGGACGAUAGUGCCAAGUGGCUGAAGGACCGGAAGGAAUUAGGCCAGGUGAAGGCUACGGAGAUGACCAAUGAUCUGCAGAGGAACCUGGCGGACGAGCUGAGCCGUCAGAGACGUAAUGCCAAUGAGAUUGUGGAAGACACCUCUCAAGAGUUGUCAAAAGGGUGGAAUCGGAUUAAGGAAGGGGUCUCGGAAGACUCGCAGAGCUUCAAAGAAGCUCUGCUGGGCGUCGCGCAGAAGCCGCAGUCCCGGGAUUCGGCCGUCGGAGCCGCAAAGCAGAAAGGCCACGAGAUCGCUGAGGGCGCCAAGGAUAAGACGAAGUCGAUAUUCAACUACGGCUUCAAUGAAGCGGAGAGGGCGAAGGCGAUCGCGAUCGGCGAGUACGACAAAGCCAACAAGGAGUACAACACGCUGCUGGAGAGGUUCAACGAGUCGAAGAAGGGUCUCUUUGACGCGGGAGACUCUGUGUUGAAGGAGCAGCUGGACGACUACAAGAAGAUCGUGCAGGAGAAGAAGCGCGAGCUGCAGCGCGCGUCCGACGAGUACGCCAGGUAUGCAAAGGACAACUUCAACGAGAUCUCAGACAAGCUCGACGAGCAGGACGAGAAAAUCAGAAAGGAAGGCGGGUUCUUCAGAUGGCUGAAGGGCGGCUCUGCUCCCGGAGACGAAAAAUCGAUCGACAUCGAUCGUGUCGCCAACAGCAAGUCUCUUGCCGGAUUCGGCGAGAACGCCCAGUUCUUCAGCGAGGAAGAGAUCGAGGACCAACUGAGAAACAAGCAGAUCGGCCCAAGCGAGGCCCAACAAAGGUUGAACGAGCUGAAAAAGUUCAAGCAGGAGGGCUGGUUCAAACCCCACAAGUCGCCCGAGACGGAAGAACAAGUGGACCAAAGGGUCGCCCAGGGACUAGCAGGCUGGGGUGAAAGCGCCGCCCGGUUCGCCCAGGACGAACUGGACGAGACCAAAAGGGCCCUCCACAACACCACCACCAGGUCACGUGAGGAGGCGUCCAAAGCUGUAGACGAUGCGUGGAACAAGCUGCAAGAGGCCAAGAAGACCGUGCAGAGCACGGGCAGCAAGUGGUGGAACGCCAGUAAGGACAAGACCAACGAGGCUGCCGACGAGGCCCAAAAGGCCUACAACGAGGCCGUCAAGAACUACGAAUCCGCAAAGAAAACCCUCGACCAGUGGUCCGACGAGACCUCUGCCAAGUUCUGGAGCAGCGCCGACGAUGCCGUGAGGGUCUCCCAAAACGUCGCCUCCAAGGCGCAGAGCGCCGCAAACAAGGCCCGUGCCAAGACCCAGAAGAAGGUCGGCGACUCUGACGAAAUUGAACAGCAGCAACUGCUGGAAGAGUGA